CCCAUCUUUAAUGGCUUCCUAAGUGGGGCUCCUCUGGGGAUUGGGAUGGCACGAAGCUUUGAAGGGUUGGGGGUGGAACCAAGUGGAUGGACUGAAGGGUAGAGAAGGGAGAUGGAAAGAGAGAGAGGAAAAAGGGGGAGGGGAGGUGGAUGUUUAAGUUUUUAACGCUGGCCAGCGUAACAAGUCUAUACUCGUCAUUCUUUCCGAGGCCCCACGAGUGGCUGCUGCUCCUUCCCCAGGCCACCACCCAGCGUCAACAAGGGCAGAGAGCGAGCGAAGCAAUUAUAGAGAGAGAGAAAGAAAGAAAAGAAGGGAGGAAGAGAAAGCGAAGGGGAUUUAGGGUUUAGGAUCUAAACCUACGCGCUCCCUUCGUCGCUCUCUCUCUUUCACACACACAGAGACAGUAGUUUCUCCCCCACCUCCUCUCGGUUUUCUUUCUCAUACACACACAGAGAGACAGCAGUCAAACAGGAGGAACCCCACGCAGUCUCGAGCGAAGUAAGCAUCCGGCCACCUGCACGUGUUUGGACAGAACCCUAACUAGGUUGUCUCUGCGAUACUCGUUGGGUUAUUAUUAUUAUUUUUUUUGCCCCGGAAAUAAGGAGAGAAGAGAGAAUUGUGAUGGGAUGAAAGAAAAUAGAAGAAGGCGAGGGGGUAUAAAAUAAAAUUUGGUGGGUGUUGAUUUAUUUGAGGGAAAGAGAAGACAUGGAACGGAGUGAUCAUAGGCAUGGACAAGGACCGGACGGCGGAGGAAGAGGAGGAGGAGGAGGAGGAGUUCCAUCAAAUAGCAACAGUAGCAGCGGGUGCACCAACAGCAGUAGAAGCACUUCCGAGCAGCAGCAGUUCCACCCCCAAGGUAACAGCAGCGGCGCCUCCUCCUACGACCUCGUCAACUUGGAAGGACGAGGAGGAAGCGGCGCUUCUUUCAUGGGCUCCAUCAUACACCAUGGCGGAUCCGGCCGCGUCGACGCAUCCCUUGCCAUCUCCUCCUCCGCCGCCAAGCCCGACCCCACCCCUCCUGGCCCCUCCUCUUCCGCCGCCGGCCCGCCCAAGAAGGCUGCCGUUGUCCCAAAGCGGUCGUCCAAGGACCGGCAUACGAAAGUCGAGGGCCGCGGCCGCCGGAUCCGGAUGCCGGCCUUGUGCGCCGCCAGGGUCUUCCAGCUGACACGAGAACUCGGGCACAAGUCGGACGGGGAGACGAUCGAGUGGCUCUUGCAGCAGGCGGAGCCGUCUAUCAUCGCGGCGACGGGCUCCGGCACCAUCCCUGCAAAUUUCUCGACGCUCAACAUCUCUCUCAGGAGCAGUGGUUCCUCGCUCUCCGCGCCGCCGUCCAAGUCCGGCCCUCACUCCUUCCACGCCCUCGCCCUCGCCCACCACCGCCCCAACUACGAGGAGGGAGCUGGGAUCUCCCACUCCGCAAUGCUAGGCUUCCACCAGCUCCACCAUCCCCACCCCGCUCACCAGCAUCAUCUCCUACCCACCGAUCAAAUGGGGGAAGGACUGCACUCGGCAGGAGGCACCGGCGGCGGCGGAGGAGGGGAUUCCUCCGCCGAUACCUAUUUGAGGAAACGCUUCAGAGAAGAUCUAUUCAAAGAAGAGCGGCAGCAGCCGCCGCCGCGUCAUUCUCAGCAAGAAGGAGGUGGCGGCCCGUCGUCCCCUUCCUCCGCUUCCAAAGACGUGCGAACGGGCGGCCUCCAACUGCAGCACCGGGCGCCGCAAGAACCCGCUGCAUCCACCGCCUCGGGAAUGGCGAGGCCGCCCGGCGUCCUCCCUGCGGCGGCAAUGUGGGCGGUCGCCCCGAACAGCGGACCCGGCGGAGCGUUCUGGAUGCUCCCCGUCUCCGCUGGCUCGACCGCCGGGCCGUCGGAGCCGUCUCUAUGGACGUUCCCGUCAGCAACAGGCCAAGGGCAGUACCGAACCGGGAUACCCGCCGCCUCCGGCGUCGGGGGCACGAUCCAGCCAACACUCCCCUUCAUGUCGAGGAUCAACAUCCCGAGCGGUCUCGACUUCCAAGGCGGCCGCGCCGGCGGGGCGCUCCCGCUGGCCGGCGCGGCACCGCAGCAUCUUGGGCUGGGAAUCUCCGAGGCCAAUCUCGGGAUGCUGGCAGCGCUCAACGCCUAUAAUAGAGCUGGACUCAGCAUGAAUUCGGAGCGUCAUCAGUCCCUGGAUCACCAUCAGGCUCAGCAGCAAGGCGCCGACGGUCGAGAUGACCACCAAACGAAUUCUCAGUAGGGUUGUAGGGGAAUGCUUUUCCUCUCCAUCCCUCCCCCUCUAUACCGAGAAAUUCGGAAGUAUAUCACUGGAGAUUGCUUUUGUUUUUGUUUUUGUUUCUCUUCUUCUUUCUCUUCAGACUUGCAGAAGUCGAGCUUCGAGUGCUUAGUAACCUUCUAUAAAAUUUUUUUUCCCACUUUAUUUUGUUUGUGUGGAAGAUGAGUUCAAGAAGUUCAUUUGUGGGUCCAAAAGGACCACAAGAAAGAGGGGGUGCAGAUUUGUAUAGGGAAUUCGUCUUGUGUAGUAAUAAUCCUUUUUUGUUGAAUGAGAGAUUUUAGAUAAAACAGAGCCUAAUAUUUUUCCUGUGUCA